AAAAGAGUAUUAAACCAUGAAUAUCCGCCGCAUAUUUGUGAAGUCAAUGUGAGGAGGAGAUUAUAAAUAUAAAUGCCAUGAAUUAAUAAUCUUUCAUUCUCAGAGUUAGUAAUUAAGGAAGCAGAGAUGGAGAAGAUGGGAAAGUUGGAGUUCUCAUCAUUCAGUACCUGUAUUGCUGUUCUUGUUUUGGGUUUGAUAUUGAAUUCAGCUGUGUUGUGCAAUGGAGGAGCCACUAGCAGUUAUGUCAGAGUAGUAGCUCCAUCUAUUGACAUGCCAGUAAACAGUACUGCCUUCUAUGUUCCUCCUGGUUAUAAUGCUCCUCAGCAGGUUCACAUAACUCAAGGAGACUAUUUAGGGCAAGGAGUGAUUGUAUCUUGGAUCACUCCGGUUGAGCCCGGCACUAGCACAGUGCUUUACUGGGCUGCGAACACCACAAAGGUCUACACUGCAGAGGGCUACUACUUAACCUACAGCUACUACAACUAUACUUCAGGCUUCAUCCAUCACACCACUCUCCUCAAUUUGGAUUAUAACACCAAGUACUAUUACGAGGUUGGGGUUGGAAACACCACACGACAGUUCUAUUUCACAACUCCUCCACCAGUUGGCCCUGAUGUUCCUUACACUUUUGGUCUCAUAGGGGAUCUUGGGCAGACAUAUGACUCAAAUAUGACACUGGAUCAUUAUAUAAACGAUCCACUAAAAGGAGAGACAGUGUUGUAUCUUGGUGAUCUUUGUUAUGCCGAUGAUUGGCCAUAUCAUGACAAUGUCAAGUGGGACACUUGGGGCAGACUUAUUGAAAAAAGUGCUGCUUAUCAACCAUGGAUUUGGACUGCUGGAAAUCACGAGAUUGAUUUUGCACCUCAACUUGGUGAACCAGUACCUUUUAAGCCUUUUUCAAGCCGCUAUCACACUCCAUAUAAUGCAUCCGGAAGUACUGCUCCAUUUUGGUACUCAAUCAAGCGAGCUUCAGCACACAUUAUCGUACUAGCAUCAUAUUCAGCUUAUGGGAGAUCUACCCCUCAAUUCACCUGGCUUACAACAGAGUUGGCCAACGUUAACAGGACUGAGACACCUUGGUUAAUUAUUAUUGUGCACGCACCUUGGUAUAACAGUGAUGUCACUCAUUAUAUGGAGGGGGAAACUAUGCGAGUACAAUUUGAGGCAAUGGCCGUACAAUACAAAGUUGAUGCUAUUUUUGCUGGUCAUGUUCACGCAUAUGAAAGAUCUUAUCGCAUAUCAAACAUUGCGUACAACAUAACAAAUGGUUUGUGUACCCCAGUACCAAACCAAUUUGCACCUAUAUACGUAACCGUUGGCGAUGGAGGAAAUAUAGAAGGAUUGGCAAGCGUCUUCACACAGCCACAACCAAGUUAUUCUGCAUUUCGAGAGGCUGCCUUUGGUCAUGCCAUGUUUUCUAUUAAGAAUCGGACUCAUGCUUACUUCAGUUGGAACCGUAAUCAAGAUGGAUAUGCUGUCGAAUCUGAUUCAUUAUGGUUCUACAACAGAUACUAUUAUCCCAUGAAUGAAACCAUGACAAUGUUUUGAUGACGUACAGAUUGCUUGCCUCUUUCCAUCCAUCUCUUGAAUAAAUAUGGACCCCAAUCUUAUCUACUGUUGAUCUUAAAUGUUCCUUCUCCCCCUUGUAUUUAACUUUCUGAUUCUAAAUUCUUCUGUAUUAUUGAGGGUUCACUCC